AUGGAAGACACGCUGCCGCAACAGCAGCAGACGUUUUCCCACGCCUCGGGCUACGAUGCGUCCAUGAGCGCAGCUAUCGUGACUCCACAGCUACCGGAAUCAGUGUCGCAUCUGCAGCAAUACAGUCAACAACCGUACCCUUCCCAGCAGCCUUUGUACCACCCGCAACAACAACAACAACAACAACAACAGCAGCAAUUGAAUGCCUACAGCUUGCCCCCGCCUCCUGCCAUGCCGCUCGCAUCAGCGCCUCCUUCUACCGAGGAACGUGCCACACACUUGAUAGCCGCCUGUGAGUCCUGUCUCGUGGUCACGCGCAUCCCAGGCGUCGACAUGUCGUUCUGUCGCAUUAUGGAGCGCAAGUGUCCGCGCUGUAGCGGCACGUUGGUGCUCCCUCAGGAGAUCAUGGAGAUGCUCAUUCUCUACGGCCAUUUCGUUUCCGAGUCCGUGGUCGUCACGCUCUUGCUGGGCACGAUGGUGCUCCACCCGUCGCUCCGGCCGGACUUUAUGGCUGCAGCAAUGAACGAGCUGCUGACGCCGUUGCAGACGGACUUUGUCUACGAUGUGGCGGUGCCCAAGCGGCCAGAAGGACUGGGCAUGUCGCUCCGCAUGAAUCAAGGAAGUCUCGUGGUAGGUGGCUUCAUUGACUUUGAGAACAACAGCGAGAGUCCGUCCGUGGCUGCUCGGAUCAUCGCGGUCGACGACGUGCUGGUCGCGAUCAACAAGAAAUCCAUCACGUCCUGGUCGUUUGAAAAGAGCAUCAGCAUGCUGGCCCAUGCGGCGUCGCCAGUGUACUUGACGUUUCGGCGUCGUCAAGCAGUCAUGCUGCUAUAA